AUGCCCCACCUCCCAUCUCUGCUUCAGACCCUGAACGCCACGACCGAGACCCUCAAUCGCUCGGCGCUCGACCAAACCGAUCGCCGACAACUACUGCAAGCAUGUGAUCGGUUACAGCGCAGCCUAGAGUCACCCGCCGACACUACGGCACGCCUCGUAUUUUCGGCCCACCAGCUCAUGGCCCUUCGUCUGGGCAUCGACCUGAAGCUCUUUGACGCGAUAGACGCACAAAUCGGCCCUGCUUCGGCCGAAACUUUCAAUACUCGGCCAUUCAACGUCUCAACGAUAUGUGAAUCACUGUCCCAUGCAGACCCGUUGCUGAUCCAGCGGAUCAUACGAUUUCUGGCGGCCAUGGACGUGGUACUGGAGGUGGAUCGGGACCACUUCAUCUCGACUCCAUUGGCCGCGUCUUUGGUGUCCAGCGAGCCUUUUUCUGCGGCGGUGAUCCACAGUACGCAUUUCACGACCGUUCUGUCAUGGCUGCCUGAAUAUUUCCACUGCAACGGUUGGAAGGAUCCGGAUGAUGGGUUCAAUGGGCCAUUUCAAUUUGCUUUGGGGACUGAGGCCCAUUAUUUUGAUUUCUUGGGUUCGAAUCCUUACUAUGGUCAGGCCUUUGACACAGUCAUGUCCAUGUCCUUUCGUCGUCGGGGCCGUGACUGGUUUGAAUUCUUCCCGGUCGCUGAGCGACUAUCCCUCCCGAAUGAUGAUGAGACCUUGCUGGUAGAUAUUGGUGGAGGCCAGGGUGAAGAUUUGAUGAAGUUUCAUUCUAGAUUUCCCGCUUUACCUGGCCAGCUCAUUCUACAGGAUCUGCCCAGUGUGAUUGAGGGUGCUCGGGAGAGCAACAAGGAUCUUCUUUCAGCUGGGAUUCAAACGCAGGAGUAUGAUUUUUUCAAGGCACAGCCGGUCCGCGGCGCAAGGGCUUACUUCAUGCGGACUGUCUUGCACGACUGGCCGGAUAAACAGGCAGUCUUGAUUCUAGGUCGUGUUCGUGAGGCCAUGGCUUCCGACUCGGUCUUGUUGAUUAGUGAAAGUUUACUUCCUGAUUCUGGGGCUCUGCUGCCUUCUGUGAUCUCGGAUAUGCAGAUGAUGGGGUCAUUUGCGUCGCGUGAGCGGACGGAAGAUCAGUGGCGGACUCUUCUUGAUGCUAGUGGGUUGAAACUGGUGCAGGUUUGGUUGCCGGAUGGGUGUGAUCGCCAGGCACAGUCGCUAGCAGAACAGCCAGCUCUGUUAGAGGCAAGGCUAAAGUAG